UUCCGACGUCGACGACGCUCUCCAUGGCCGACUGGAUUGGGACGUUCUCUGCCGGCCGCGAGGCCCGGGGUCCUCGCGCCUCCCGAAACGUCGCAGGUACUAAGCAGACAAGUGCCUUGAAACAAGACGCUUCUAAAAGGAAAGCCGAACUAGAAGCAGUUGUCAGAAAGAAGAUUGAGUUUGAGAGAAAAGCUCUGCGUAUGGUUGAACAGCUUUUAGAAGAGAAUAUUACAGAAGAAUUCCUAAGGGAGUGUGGGAAGUUCAUCACACCUGCUCAUUAUAGUGAUGUCGUGGAUGAGCGUUCUAUUAUCAAACUCUGCGGCUAUCCCUUAUGUCAGAAGAAGCUAGGAAUUGUACCAAAACAGAAAUAUAAAAUUUCUACCAAAACCAAUAAAGUCUAUGAUAUUACUGAAAGAAAGUGUUUUUGCAGCAAUUUUUGUUAUAAAGCAUCUAAGUUUUUCGAAGCACAAAUUCCUAAAACUCCAGUGUGGGUUCGAGAAGAAGAAAGGUAAUUUAAAUUCAUUAUGUAUACAUUUGUU